UAGCUGCUUAUAAAGUUAGCUUUGGGCAACAGGGUUAAGUUGCUGACUAGCUAUUUAUUUUCAUGAACAGAAGUUCAAUUUAAAUAGGCGAACAACAAGUGGCUAACUAGCUAAUACUUCAUCACAAGGAUUCCUGAAUCAUUGCUAAGAAUAAUGAAAAUGACUGCAGUUUCUACUGGUCAUUGUUUUCAGGCUGUUUGUAUUGGUGCUAGCUAGGUUGAACAAAUUGUGCUUUAUUGCCAACGCUCUAUUGUAAACGCAUCGUUCGUGGCCGGUGUUUGCUUGUUUGCAGACUUUUCUGUACAGCUUUCUUUUUUGACAUGCAAAGACCCACAUGGCAUUCCCUAGUAUGUAUGUCGUGGCGCUAAUAGCAGUGACGCUAUUACUGUGAAAAAAUGGCGCACUUGGUAGUGUGUACUGGGGCUCGACCAGUCAGCGAAAGCCAACAUCACCUACGAUAGAGAACAGUUGAUUGUCAAAGGCAAUGAAUUCCAUUGUCUUGGCUUUAAUGGAUAUCGCCUUUGAGUUGUCUCGCUGAAAUUAUUACUCUUUCAAAUGACUGCUCGAUCCACACAGACAUUGAGCUAAGUUUAGGAAUGCUGUGUUGCAGAUAUAGCGCAACAUUUUACAUGGCGUCAUUACAUCAUGUACCUACGUUAUAUAGGCAUGGAGAGAAGGUGAGCCUGAGCUCCAAAUGUGCAGAGCUGGACAGAGAGAUGAUCUCAGCCCUGGGUGUGUCUAAAGCUGUCCUCGACCAUGUCAUCUUUUGUCACCAAGAGGAGUCCAACUGGCCCCUGGGAGAAGGGAAGCCCCUCAAGAACAAAUUUGAUGCCAUCUUCUCAGCCACAAGGUACAUCAAGGUGCUGGAGACGCUGAGGCAGCUGAGGCUCAAGCAGUCUAACGAGGUGAGAGAGUGCCAGGUGGAGCUGAAGUUCCUGAAGCUGAACAAGGAGAAAGCCCUCGAGAUCAGGGAGCUGCUUGCCAGCAAGGAGACCCAGCUGGCCUCCUCCAAAGAUGCCGUACAGAAGAUAGCGGGCCAGAUCGAACCCCUGGAGAACCGACUGGUUGACAUUGAUGAGAAUCUGGGAAAAGUGAUGAAACUCGACAAUGACAUCAAGGCUUUAGACAGCAGGAAGAAGCAGAUGGAGGAAGACAACCAGGAACUGGAGGAGAAAAUGGAGCAGGUGUUCCAGGGCUCAGAUGAGCAGCUGCAGGAGAUGUACCAAAAUCACCAGAGGACAGUGAAGGAGAAGGAGAAGAGGUUUACAGAGUGCCAGAGGGAGAUGGAACGAGCCGUGAGAGAGUGCCAGAGACUCAACCGCCUCCAGUCCGACCUUCUAGUUGAACAAGGUCGUCUCCAGCUGGAGGCUGAUCGCCAUGCCCAGAACAUGAAGGCCCGCGACUCCCAGGUGAGAGCCCUGGCAGCCUAUCUGGAGAUGGAGGGCUACGACCGUUCCCCCUUCAAUGACAGACAGCUGCAGAGCUUCAACCGCCAGGUCAAAGAAAGACUCGACCAGGAGACUGAGGCCGCCAACCAGGUCAUGAGGGAUAUACAAGAGAAGGAGGCCAUGAAGCAGCAGAGCAUCGAUGAGAUACGAGACAAAAAGACUGGUCUGGAGAGGACCAUGGAGCUGAAGAAAGACCUGCAGGUUAAGAAGCAGCAUGAGCUGAGGAACGUCAAGUCUGACCUACAGAGACUGGAGGGCUCCUCCUCCCGGCUGCACGAACUGGAGACAGAGCUCACCAAAGCGGAGCGUGAGCUGGAGAGCGCGGUGCAGAGCUCCAAUGUGGAUGGGCUGAAGGCCGAGGUGCUGGAGCUCCAGAAGGACAAAGCUGAGCUGGACCGCACACAGCGUCGGCUGGACCGUGAAAUGGAGACCCUUAACACACACACCACCACACGCACACAGAUGGACAUGCUCAAGAAGGAUAAGACAGAUAAAGAAGAUCAGGUGAGGAAGAUCAAGUCAAGGCACAGUGAGGAUCUGGUGUCCCUGCUGGGUCACUUCCCUAAGAAGAGGGAGCUGGAGGACUGGAUCCACGCCAAGUCCAAAGAGAUCAACUCCACCAGGGAGAAACUAGCCAAGCUCAAUAAGGAGCUGGCGUCAGGGGAGCAGAAUAAGAGCCACAUCACAGCAGAGAUCAGGAGGAAGGAGCAGCAGCUGGCCAGCUAUGAGGAGAAGAUGUUCAACGUGUGUGGCAGUCAGGACUUCCAGCAGGACCUGGGCAAGCUGCAGGAUGACCUGGAGAAGACUUCCAAGCAGAGAGCCAUGCUGGCGGGAGCCACAGCCGUGUACACUCAGUUCAUCAGUCAGCUGACAGAGGAGGGCGAGCCCUGUUGCCCCGUGUGCCAGCGCAUCUUCCCCUCGGAGGCUGAGCUCCAGGACGUCAUCAACGACAUGCAGUCCAAGCUGCGCCUGGUCCCUGACAAGCUGAAGAACACCGAGCAGGAUCUGAAGAGGAAAGAGAGGAGGAAGGACGACAUGAUGGCUCUAAAACCUGUCAGGCAGUCUAUUGCUGAGCUGCAGGAGAAGGAGCUUCCUGAGCUGAGGAACCGGCUGCAGAACGUGAACCGGGACAUUGAGAGGCUGAAGGGGGAUGUGGAGGAGCAGGAGACCCUGCUGUCCACUCUGAUGUCAGAGGAGGACACAGCCAAGGCCUGUCUGCAGGACAUCUCCCUCAUGGACAGAUACCAGCUGGACCUGAAGGAUGUGGAGAGGAAGAUAGCCCAGCAAGCUGCCAAGCUGCAGGGAGUGGACCUGAGCCGCACCAUUCAGCAGGUCAACCAGGAGAAACAGGAGACCCAGCAUCGCCUGGACACAACGUCCAGCAAGAUGGAGCUGAAGCGUAAACUGAUCCAGGACCAGCAGGAGCAGAUCCAGAGCCUGAAGAGCAGCAUGAACGAGACCCGGGCGGAGAAGCUGCAGAUCUCCAGUAACAUGCAGAAGCAGCAGCAGCUGGAGGAGCAGUGUGUGGAGUUCACCACUGAGAUUCAGGCUCUGCACAGAGAGAUCAAGGAAGCUAAGGAGCAGGUGUCCCCUCUGGCCACCACCCUGGAGAAGCUGCAGCAGGAGAGGCUGGAUUUGAUGGAGCGCAGGAAGCAGAGGCAGGAGGAGGGACAAGAGAAGAUAAAUAGCAUCAAAGACAAAGUUAAAAGCAUGGCCGCCUUUGAAAGAGAGAUUACCGGAUACACAAAAGAGGGCAAGGAUGAUUACAAAGAGCAAAAAGAGGGGGAGCUCCGAGAGACCAACACUCAGGUCCAUGAGGCAGAGAAGCAACGGGAAAGGAUUAACAAAGACAGUGGAAACAUCAGGCAAGACAUAGACACUCAGAAGGUCCAAGAGCGUUGGCUGCAGGACAACCUGACGUUGAGGAAACGCAUCGAGGAGCUGAAGGACGUGACCAAGAAACGAGAGGCUGUGGCGAAGGAUAUGGGGAACAUGCAGGUCCUGCAGCUACGCAAUGAGCGCAGGGAGUCUGAGCAGCGAGUGGACGACCUGAAGAAGAACCGCAGCGUAGCAUUGGGCCGACAGAAAGGCUUCGAGGAGGAGAUCAUCCGCUUCCGCAAGGAGCUCCGUGAGGACCAGUACGGCAAGGCUGACGAACGCUUUCGGGACAGGAUGAUCGUCAUGAGGACCACAGAGCUGGCCAACAAGGACCUGGACAUCUACUACAAGGCCCUGGACCAAACCAUAAUGAAGUUUCACAGUAUGAAGAUGGAGGAGAUCAACAAAAUCAUCCGGGACCUCUGGCGCAGCACAUACCGAGGACAAGACAUUGAGUAUGUGGAGAUCCGCUCUGAUGUGGAUGAGAAUUCUUCCGGGGCGGGAGUGAAGAGGAGGACCUAUAACUACCGUGUGGUGAUGGUGAAGGGAGACACGGCGCUGGACAUGAGGGGUCGCUGCAGUGCCGGCCAGAAGGUCCUGGCCUCCCUCAUCAUCCGUCUGGCUCUGGCUGAGACCUUCUGUCUGAACUGUGGCAUCCUGGCCCUGGACGAGCCCACAACCAACCUAGACAGGGAGAACAUCGAGUCCCUGGCACACGCCCUUGUGGAAAUCAUCAAGAGCCGCUCACGCCAGCGCAACUUCCAGCUGCUCAUCAUCACCCAUGACGAGGACUUUGUGGAGCUCCUGGGGCGCUCCAACUACGUGGAACACUUCUACCGUAUCAGGAAGAACAUGGACCAGUGCUCUGAGAUCACCAAGUGCAGUGUCUCCUCCCUCACCUCCUACCUGCACUGAGUGUCAGACACCAUCCAAAGACUUGAUUGAUACUAGUCUAUCAAGGCUAUGAUUGUUAUAAUAGGCACAUGGGACUACAAAUUGUAUUUUUAAAAAGAUAUAUAUAAAAUGCCUUAGUUGACUCGAGAGCGGAAAAAAAGAUGCACUAUAGUACUGUAUUCCAGUUGGCGUUGGGAUCUGUGCCUAAAGAAGAGCAUGGUAGUUUCUGUUCACUUCCUUUGAUUUACGAGGGAUUUCUGUUCUUUGACAGGAUGAAGUUAAUUGGUAGAUAAGACCUUGAGGCCCCGUCGUUGAUUACCACUUUUAUCCGGUAUUCGGCGAAACGCCUCUGGUCUUGGUGACGCUUGCUAAUCAACCACAUCUCAAUCAAGAUAUUCAUAAUGUGUCUCAAACUGUAUAUUUGAGUCUGUAUCAGUUGACACUGCAAUAAAAUGUGUGGGGGAAAAA